ACCAGCCCAGAAGGAAAAAUUAAGAAAAAAACCAACCAACCAAGAACAGCAAUUAUCUUUUCCUUGCUCGGUUUUCAUUCUUGAGACCAGCAAAAAUUUAUUACAGUAAACCUUAGCCAUGAGGGAAAUCGUGCACAUCCAGGCCGGGCAGUGUGGCAACCAGAUCGGUGCUAAGUUCUGGGAGGUGAUAAGCGAUGAGCACGGCAUCGAUCCCACCGGUACCUACCACGGAGACAGCGACCUGCAGCUGGACCGGAUCUCCGUGUACUACAAUGAAGCCACAGGUGGCAAGUACGUCCCUCGAGCUAUCUUGGUGGAUCUAGAGCCCGGGACCAUGGACUCCGUUCGGUCAGGUCCUUUUGGCCAGAUCUUCAGACCGGACAACUUUGUUUUCGGUCAGUCUGGGGCAGGCAACAACUGGGCCAAGGGCCACUACACAGAGGGAGCUGAGCUGGUUGACUCCGUCUUGGAUGUGGUGCGCAAGGAGGCGGAGAGCUGUGACUGCCUGCAAGGCUUCCAGCUGACCCACUCGCUGGGUGGAGGCACAGGCUCUGGCAUGGGCACCCUGCUCAUCAGCAAGAUCCGAGAAGAAUACCCUGACCGCAUCAUGAAUACCUUCAGCGUGGUGCCCUCACCCAAAGUGUCUGACACCGUGGUGGAGCCCUACAACGCCACCCUGUCCGUGCACCAGCUGGUGGAGAACACCGACGAGACCUACUGCAUCGACAACGAAGCCCUCUACGACAUCUGCUUCCGCACCCUCAAGCUCACCACGCCCACCUACGGGGACCUGAACCACCUCGUCUCGGCCACCAUGAGCGGUGUCACCACCUGCCUCCGGUUCCCAGGCCAGCUCAAUGCUGACCUCCGAAAGCUGGCCGUCAACAUGGUGCCCUUCCCGCGUCUCCACUUCUUCAUGCCUGGCUUCGCCCCUCUCACCAGCCGCGGAAGCCAGCAGUAUCGGGCCCUCACUGUGCCUGAACUCACCCAGCAGGUCUUCGACGCCAAGAACAUGAUGGCCGCCUGCGACCCACGCCACGGCCGGUACCUGACCGUGGCUGCCGUCUUCCGGGGGCGCAUGUCCAUGAAGGAGGUGGACGAGCAGAUGCUCAACGUGCAGAACAAGAACAGCAGCUACUUCGUGGAGUGGAUCCCCAACAACGUCAAGACGGCCGUCUGCGACAUCCCGCCACGCGGCCUCAAGAUGGCGGUCACCUUCAUUGGGAACAGCACGGCCAUCCAGGAGCUCUUCAAGCGCAUCUCGGAGCAGUUCACGGCCAUGUUCCGCCGGAAGGCCUUCCUCCACUGGUACACGGGCGAGGGCAUGGACGAGAUGGAGUUCACCGAAGCUGAGAGCAACAUGAACGACCUCGUCUCCGAGUACCAGCAGUACCAGGAUGCCACCGCAGAAGAGGAAGAGGAUUUUGGUGAGGAAGCAGAAGAAGAGGCCUAAGGGAGAGAGAGCCCUGCAUCAGUCACCUCGGGCUGCUUAGCUCCCUCAGCGCUCUCCACCUGCCCGUUUUCCUCCUCCAGUUUCUUUCUGCUGCCUCUGUCUCCUGUUUCGUUUUUGUUGUUGUUUUAUUCAUUGGGGGGUAAACAGUGCCUGGUACAUAGUAGGCGCUCAAUAAAUAUUUGUUUGUGGAAUGUCUCCUUUUCUCUUUCCACUCUGACAAAUCCAGAUUUCUGCCCUUCUGGGUGCCGCCCUAUUGUUUCCUUCUGGUACCUGUUUUUAUAACG